AUGGACAAGAUCAAGGAGCGCCUUGCUUCCCUCCGCGCAGAGGCAGACACCGCCGUGGCGCGCGCAGAAGAUGCCGAGGGCAAGAACAAGAAGCUCGAACUCGAGCUGAUGCAGAAGGACCAGGAGAUCGUUUCGCUGCAGCACAAGAUCGCCAACCUCGAGGCCGACCUCGACAAGGCCGAGCAGAAGCUGUCCGAGGCCAAGGGCGCGAACGAGGACGUCGAGAGUCACCGGUCCGCCAACGAGACGCUCACGAGGAAGGUUGCGUUGCUGGAGAGCGAGCUCGACAAUGCCGAGAAGCAGCUGCGCGAGACGACCGACAAGCUCCGGCAGGUCGACGUCAAGGCGGAGCACUUCGAGCGCCAGGUUGCCCGCAUCGAGCAGGAGAGGGACCAGUGGGAGAAGAGGUGCGAGGAGGCGCAGGAGAAGUACAACAAGUCGAAGCAGGAGCUCGACGAGCUCGCCCGCGCGAUGGAGGACAUCUAA